UCCACUUUCCAGCCAUAGUUUCACAACAGUUCGGUUGCUAGGGAUUCUAGGCGUCUUCCUAGUCUGGUUGCUAGCUAAUGUGCUAGCUUGCUGUCUGUCUUGUUUUUAUGCACAACCUUGCACUUAGUCAACAUUUAAAUAAAUAUACAUCUAUUUAAAGGUUUAAUAUUAAUUCAUAUUUCGAAGUAGACUGCGAUGUGAAAAAGCCAGUGUUUACAACUUCACAUGAGUUCCGGGAAGAUAAAGGAGAUGGGGGACAUAUUGGCCAAUGAAGCUGAUCUUCUCGGGAUGAUCAAGGAGUAUUUGAAGUAUGGUGAAUUUGAAGAGACAGUUCAUCACUUUGAGAAGGAAUGUAAAAACAAGGGGAAAGUUGUUCCAAAACCCAGAGGCAACAGUCUUCGGGACUCGAAAACGCUGAUUAUCCAGAAGGACCUGUUGAGCUCAUUUGAUGACGGCGACUUCAAGGUGUUCUUCGAGCUGUGGACAGAGUUUGUCCCUUUGGAGGUCAGGGACUGUGAUCCUCACGCCCAGAAACUGGAGUUUUACCUUCAUGUCCACUUCACCAUCUUCCCCUUGAAAAUCCACUUGGGCAGACAUGACCGAGCAGACUUUGAGGUGAGGAUCACCCACUUCAAGCACUACCUGGAGACGCGAGGGGCAGCACUCAGUCAGACCACUGAGUUCCUACCCUACUACGCCCUCCCCUUCGUGCCCAACCCUGUGGUGCACCCCUCCUUCAGAGAUCUCUUCCAGGAGUCCUGGAUUCCAGAGAUGAAGCAAGAGCUGGAAAAGUUCCUGACUGUGACACUGAACGUGUCCGACACUCCAAGGCUUCUGUCGUUAUAUAAGGAUGCCGGAAAGAACACCAAAGACACCAUACAGCAGCUGCAGCUGCAGCUGGCCGAAGCAGAGAAGAGGACCAGCAGCUACAUGAGGAGGUUCAAUAAGAUGCAGGCCGAUCACCACAACCUGAUAGGAGUCACUGCCGAGCUGGUGGACUCUCUGGAGGCUACAGUCAGUGGGAAAAUGAUCUCCCCAGAAUACCUCCAGAGUGUGUGUGUGCGUCUCUUCAGUAGCCAGUUGAGGCAGAGUGCGGCGCAGAGCAUCGACUUCACCAGGCCUGGCACUGGAUAUUACUCUAUGAGUCCUUAUGAUGACGGAUAUGCUUCCUCAUUGCUACGAGCGUCCAUUGUACCUCAGAGGCCUAAGGAGGUGCCGUUGCUGCCCUCUCUGGACUAUGACAAGCUGAAGAGAGACUUGCUGGGGGGAUCAGACAGACUCAAGGCCCUGCUGCUCCAGGCCCUGUGCUGGAGACUGACCCGUUCUCUCCAAGGUGAGCAGAGGGACACGGUACUGCAGGCCUACGUCAGCAACGACCUCUUGGAUUGCCACAGCACCAGACAGAAACCUGUGCUCCUCUUGAUGAGGUCGAAGAACGAGAUGGUCAGGCAGUACAUGGCUCGUCUCAUCAAUGCUUUCGCUUCCCUCGCAGAGGGUCGUGUGUACCUGUCCCAGGUCCCGUCUUUGUUGAGGCUGCUCAUUGAGUCUCUAAGGACAGAGGAGAAGGACUCUGUGAGCAGAGAGAAUGUCCUGGGAGCCCUGCAGAAACUCAGCCUCAGGAGGAGCCAGCAGUCAGCCAUGAUAGAGGACGGUCUCAUUGACUGGCUGGUAGAUGAGCUGCAGGACUCUGACUGUCUGUCUGACUACACUCUGGAGUACGCUGUGGCCCUGCUCAUGAACCUAUGUCUACGCACCAGAGGUAAGAGGAAGUGUGCUGAGAACCCUAAAUACGUGCUGAAGGUUCUGACUGACCUUCUGGGACACGAGAACCACGAGAUUCGGCCGUACGUGAACGGAACCCUUUAUAGCAUCCUGUGUAUUCCUGCAGUGCGAGAGGAAGCCAAGGAGAUGAGUAUGGAGGAGAUCCUUCACUGCUACAGUAAAGAGGAGAACCCGGAGCUCAACAGGCAGAUUGAGUUUAUUAUCAAACAGCUCAACUCAGGGGAGGAGACUGAAGAGGGACCAGAGUCUGAUGACGAAGAGGAGGAUGACGAUGAUGAGGAAGACGCGAUAGAGACGGACCUUGAUAAAGAGGAAGUGCUUCAGCUGCAGCCCAGAGAGUUGUCCGGAGAGACACUACUGACCACAGAGUACCUGGGGAUCAUGACCAACAUGGCGACGAGGGUGAAGAGGAGAUCGGCAGCUCCUCUUGGACGGAGUGUCGAUGAACCCCUGCAGCGACCCGUGACCCCCAUCUCCCACCGAAACACACACAUCAUGGACUUCCGAGGAGGCAGCGAGGGCGACAGGGGUGAGGUAGGGUACCCCUUGAGCAGACAGAGGAGCGAGGACAGCCUGCCCCCGUCCCGCUACAGCUCCCGCCCCACCCGCUCUGGCAGCCGGCCCAGCACCAGCGAAUCCCUGCACCACUCCAUGGACUCAGAGUGUGGCCGUUCGUCCCAGGAGUCUGGUGGGUCAUAUGAAGGACGAAGAGCCCAGGAGGGGGAGGAGCGCAACGGACACUCUGCCAGCAUUGAUAAUGUCCCCGGGUUUACAAGCCGGCCCAAGAUUCCCCGCACGCCGGAGAGUGAUGCACCAGGCGUGGAUCCUCGGAGGGGUCGCGUUGUCCCUCCACUGGCCCCCCAGUUCUCCCAGUCUGAGCCCCAGCAGAGCAGCAGCCGACCUGGAUCAGGGGCCUCCAUCACAGUGGGAGGGCCAGGGGGCGGCAGACUGAGCAGCCAGUCGUACACAGGAAGUGAAAAGGACCUUUCACCACGGGGCCGCCAUAUCUCCUGAGGAGCCUCCAGCUUCCUGUAACUCCAUCCGCAGGUUGUGAUCAGGGUCAGGGCAUUAGAGAGGCUAGAGGUCGGUGGAGAGGUGGAGGGAGAGAGAGAGAGAGGGGUAGGAAGGAGGGAGAGGUGGAGGAAGGGGGUAGAGAAGGAGGAGGGGUGGAGGGAGAGCGAAGGCAUAGGAAAGAAUGUGCAGGAUUGUAGCUCGGGGAGGGGCCCCUUUCAAACCUCGGUAUAGAACACUUUGGUAACACAACACUGCUCUCAAAAUAAGCACAACAACAAAUAAGCUUGCAAGCCGCUUGAUACGCCCUACCUACCUAACCAGCUGGCCAAGGCUUUCUUCUCUUUACCUAUCUCCCUCUUUUAACUCUCUCCUGGAGAAUAAACACCAAAGUACUCGCUCUCCCAUGUCAUCUUAAACACAUUGGACGUUACAUAACCAGCUACUGGACAAAAUGAUUUCAUUCCAAAUCUAUGGUACGGUGAACAUUACCAGCUAUAAUGUAGUAGCACUAUUUGCUAACCAUUGGCUGUGUCUCAUCAAAGAUGGUUGAAAGGGUUGAUCGAGGGUUCCUUCCACCAUGUUGCUUUUCCGCUUGACUGUUAGGAAUUUUAAAUGAGUGACCCAUUGAGGAAGGAGGAAAUUAGAGUAUUUAUGACUAACACUAUGGUUAAUGGAGUAGGGCUCCUUUACAGACAACUAUUUAUGACUUAUUGUAAAGAAAUAAAAAUGUAAUCAGUGUCUUAUAAAGUCCCUUCCGUUUCCGGUGACGAUGUGGUCGUAGUACAGGGUAUAUGGGUAUAUAACAUGCUCAGGUGAAAUAAAGCUGGACUUAUAAAGUCCCUUCCGUUUCCGGUGACGAUGUGGUCGUAGUACAGGGUAUAUGGGUAUAUAACAUGCUCAGGUGAAAUAAAGCUGGACUUUUGCCACCUUUCCUUUUCCAGUUUAAAAGGUUUUGAUUUUAGCUUUGUUUUGACUCGGCCUUCCUAAUCCAUUUGGAAUGUAUCCAGUUGCUCAAUGACUGAUUCUGCCCUCCUGCUUUCCAUCUGAACUUUAACGCUCUCCAGUUAACGCUCUCCUUUUAAGCCUAUACUUAAAUGCUUAACUAAUACUUUCGUAGGAACUACAUAAAACAGCUGUAGACAGUAUUUUUCAACCAACCAAUACACGUCACAUUAUGGACAAAUCUCUCUUUUGUCCAGGAAUGAAUUUUUCCUUCGUUCUAUACGGAUGCUCAUAAAGAAACCAGGAAUGAAUUUUUCCUUCGUUCUAUACGGAUGCUCAUAAAGAAACCAGGAAUGAAUUUUUCCUUCGUUCUAUACGGAUGCUCAUAAAGAAACCAGGAAUUAAUUUUUCCUUCGUUCUAUACGGAUGCUCAUAAAGAAACCAGGAUUGAUUUUUU